AGUCUACUUCGACUUGGAAGAGCAACUAAUUAAUUAUUUGGGCUGUCAUUCUCUCUAUUUCUAUAGGGAGCAUGGCUCUGGCCAUGCUCCAAAAACCUAUUUAUAUGGGAUCAAGUGAGUUGUAGAGAUAUUUGUGUAUCAGGCAGGAAUGUACGGCCCAAAGUACGUAUGGAUCGCUCCAUUUUGGACUAGCAAUGUUUGGUGGAUCAAUGCCAACCCGUCACUUAUCGAACCCUGCACACAGGAACAAAUCAAUAUAGUAGUCAACUCGACUCUUCAUUUUGACGGGAACCAACGACGGGAAGAAGUGCUGGGCCUAGACUUCAAUGGAGUGAAGCCGUUACCGGAACACUACGACUAUUACAACAGUGAGCAACCCGACAGUGACACGCUGCCCUACACCUAUGACGUCACCAUAGCCAUAGCAUUAGCUCUCAAUGCUUCCAUAGCUGACCUACAGCGUCUUGAUCCUCCACGACGACUCCAAGAUUUCAGCUACUCCGAUGACGAGAUGGCUAGAGUUAUCCUGAAGAACGCUGACCACCUCAACUUCAAUGGAUUGCUGGGUCGGUUUCUGAUUGAAAAUGGAUCAAGACGCACUGAAUCGGUCUACAUAGAGCAAGCUAGAGGAAGCAAUCUGGAGACAACAAUGAUUUACCAGGUGAAGACGAAACAAUUCGUAACUGUUUCAGAGCCCGUAUGGCAGGGAGAUCACGUCCCAGUGGACGGUAUUACUAGACGGACAGUGAUCCAGGAGAUAUCUUCAACAGCUCGUAUCACGCUCUUCUCUCUCGCCUCACUCGGCUCUGUCAUGGGUUUGACGUUCCUCUUCAUCAACAUCAAAUACAAAGAUAAGAGAGCUAUCAAGAUGUCAAGCCCUUCCUUGAGUAACCUGACUGUAGUCGGUUGUCUGCUUCUCUACGCAUCGGUGUUUGCCUCAGGAUGGGAUAAGACUAACCUGCCUGACUCGGCCAUCGUCAUCAAGUGUCAUGUUGAGAGAAUGCUGAUAUCUGUUGGAUUGUCUCUGGCCUUCGGUUCUGUCUUCAUGAAGACCUAUCGGAUACACGCAAUCUUCGCUGUAGCGGUCAAACGCUUCAAGAAAAUUGAUCUGCCAGACUGGAAGCUGAUUGGCGGAGUUGUAAUAAUCGUUUUUGCUGACGUCAUAGUUUUUGUACUUUGGAUAAUUUUGGACACGACGGCUGUUUACACACGGUCACUCCAGCCUUACCUGGAUAUGACUGCACCAGAGAAGGAGAUUUUUGACGUACCGGAAAUUAUAUAUUGCAGCAGUGCACAUGCGCAGUACUUCACCAUGGCCCUCUACGUUGUAAAGGGAGUACUUCUCACCUUUGGUCUGUUCCUAGCGUGGGAGACAAGGAACAUCUGUAUAUCACAGCUGAAUGACAGUAAGUACAUCGCAGCCUCAGUAUACAUUGUCUCUCUGACCAUCGCUCUGACUAUCCCAACUAUGACCAUACUGGGUGAUGACGUCAACAUGACGUUUGUCAUAUCUGCUUCGGCCAUUUUGUUUGUCAACACUUCGAUGCUUUGCCUCAAUUUCCUCCCAAAGUUGUAUCUGCUGAUAACAGUGAAAGAGGAGGAUUUCCACAUAAGUAUGAUGCACUCGAUGGGGUACGGAGAGUCGUCAGGAACUCACACUUCCAUCACAAAACGAAAGUCUAAACUAACAGGACUUCGCUCGCAGCUUGAAAAGAAAGAAGCCAAGCUUGAAGAAUUGUGUAAACAGCUCAUUCAUCAAUAGGCAGUUGAUUGUAAGUAUUCCGAGGGCCUGAUGACAACGCCAUAUUACAGGGGUGAGUCAACAAGAAGUUCACCGGGAUUGGUGAUGUGUUCCAAAAAGAACAGAAAAGUUACACCCACAAGUUCAGUAAAGGAUAUUUACUGAGCACUCUUUCAUGCUUAUUAGAAGAAAGAUAAUAGCAUUAUUACAAACAAACGCAUUAUUAUUCGAAAACAAGUUAUUUCAGAUUUAAUCUACAAAAGUUUUAGCCCUAAAAAAAUAUGGUCAGAUUAUUUAAAUAGGUCAAUACAAUUAUUACAACAACAGUGAAAAGAAAACACAGUCACAAAGCAUAUUCCUUGCUAAGGAUAACAUUGGUUUGUUUAUUUAAAAUCUUAAUCAGUCGUUGGUUCAAUCUUGCUUGUAGUUAUUGCUCGUUCAACCCAAAAUGUUUUUUAAGCUACCAGGUGAAUUCCUCUUGCAGUUUAUUUUUAUUUGACUGGUACUCUUGAAGAAAAAAAU